UAGGCCUGUUUGGCUGGUGGGCAGCUGUGCAGUUGAUCCAGUGGAGAAAGUCCAUCUGGGAUGAAGGUAAAGCAGCAGGUCGUUUAUUCUGGUUCAUCCUUCUGUAGGUGGUGCUUUGUUUUCCCCCCUCACAGUGUUCAUUAACGCUGGGUCAGCUGAACUGAGCACAGAGCAGACGCCACUGUCUUUGCUGCCAUGCUAAGCUACAUAACGACGCUGUUCAACGUGCACUGGCAGGGACCACUAUCAGAGCUCCGGGGGGCGGCGAGGGGGGGGUGCACACCUCAUUUCCGUUUGCACUCGGCCACAUCCGAUCAACCUGCACGCUGAAGCCUCUCCUGCGGAGCUGAUGGAGGCAGAAAUCACGCAGCUCUCUCAGCAGCCCGAGGACCUCCACCCCAGCAUAGCGGACUACAGGAAACUCACCCACCUGCACUGCAUGAACGGAGGAUACCAGCUCCACAUUCUGCCCGACGGAGCAGUGGGAGGAACCAGGGAUGAGAACGACCCCCACAGUGUAUUGCGGAUCAAAGCUGUGAGUCCUGGAGUGGUGGUCAUUGAGGGCAUAGAGGCCGGACGUUUCCUCUCUAUGAGCGAGGAUGGCACACUGAAUGGCUCCUUGUCAGUAACAGAUGAAAGUUACUUCUUGGAAAAAAUAGAGGAGAACCACUACAACACGUACCGCUCACAGAAGCAUGGCCCAAACUGGUACGUAGGAAUAAAAAAGAAUGGAAAACCGAAAAACGGCUCGAGGACUCACAUCGGACAGAAGGCCAUUUUCUUCCUCCCUCGACGGUUGGACCAAACGAAAGACUGAGGCCCAACACUCACAGGCUAAUGAGUAGCAAUUCCACUACAGUGUUUACUGUACGAGUACAUGAACCCAGCGAGCUUCAGUCUCACAACAUACACAGAGCACUUCAUUUACUACACUUACAGCAUUCCAGAGGCAUGUGGACACACCGUCUUUAGUGCAGUUUCUUCUUAUUCAUAUUAACAUUGUCGUAACAAAAUGUUUGAUGUAUUUAAAAUCAAGCCUUAGACUGAAAUAGCAAGCUAUUAGACAGAUAUAUGAUCUGCUGCUUCCAGACUUUUGAAUGUAUGCCAAGCUAAACCUCACUGAAAAUGAUCUACUUGUAUUUACUGUGAUGGGGAGAAAGUUACUCCCUCGAUUUUAACUUCAGUUUACAUGUUUUGAGUCUUGUUCUUAUAAACCUGCACUUUUAUUUUAAGCCUAAACUUAAUUUAUAGAAUAGGUACCUGAUGAAAUAUAAUAAACCCUCACUGAUAUCA